AUGCCUUUCGAGUGGUAAACAUGGCUACCGAGUCGGGCACUAGACAUAGAGAUUUUAAAACUGUCUUUUGUGUUACCGACGUAAAAGAAAGAAAGAAAUUGUUAGGUAAAGUUCUACAAAUUCCAGAAUUUAACGAAGAAGAUGAUUUGAGGUCCGGGAUACUUCUUGAUAUUCAUUAUGACACGUUGGCUUAUUUUGUAAACAAUGGUUUUCCAUGGCGAGAAGUGGCUCAGCUGUGGGAAGUAUUUCAAAAUUUAUUAAACGAAGUACAAGGUGAGCUAUUACUUUCAAUUCGUCGAUCGAUGAGUGUUUUCCCUGCCGGUAUUAUGUGCCACCUAACUAUGGAUUCAAGUCUAGUUAAGGUAGUAAACACUAUUACCUUAGCCACAUAUCAGUCUUUCUUUUUUUGAUUGUGAUUGACUUUGCGUAGAAUUAUCCCACACUGUCUAAACUCAAUCAUUGUUUAGUGUCAUUGACAUGUAAAAAAUUUGACGUACAAAAUUCAGGACUUGCCGUAUUCAGAACGAAUGAUUUGGCCUUAUGCCAGAAAUAUGUCGCCAAAAUCUUAUGACUGAAAAAAAUAUGUAGUUGAAAGUUGUGGAAAACAGAAUCCAAAGCUCUUGUAUGACAUAAGAUCUUGUCCAACGCUUACUGUUUUGCUUGUGAAAGACCUGAGUCAGGAAAUUUGGAGAUUCAAUCAAUAGGUUUGGACUUGAAGGUGGUACAAUUUUAAAAUUUUUCUGCAGACCCAAAUUUAGUUUUUGUUGAGUCAUUUAAGCAUUUCACUUGGAGCAAUAUUGGACAAAAAUCUCCCUUUUUAUUCCAAGAAUUAAUGCUAGAGUUACUGAUUGGCUGUAAACUUUCCUGUAUACUUUUUUUAGAAAGUGAAUAUCUUAUGACUAAUGUGUUGUAAUGCAGUUUAAGUCAACUGGAGCUGUCAAGUCCAUUUGCUGGCAAAGAGUGAGAUUUUAUGGGCAUCACCUAUCAAGGGUGGAAGGGGAGAGAGAAUGGGGGCAAUGUUUCCCUUGAAAAUUGUAAAAAGAUGAAAUAUCUAAGAUGUGCAUUUCUCUUAUCUGAGAAAGAAUUUCUGCUGUUAAAAAGUGUGUGAAGUGAAUGCAUAGGGAACCAGGAAUAAAUUAUGUUUGGAAGGACAAUUAAUUUAAUAACUACUAAAUUAAAGCAAAAGUUUGCUAUCUCAAAAUCAAAAGAAUAAAUUUGAAACCUUAAAGUAGUGAGAAAUAAUGGCUUUAGCAUGAGAGUGUAAGAUUGAAUUUGUUUGUGCAAGUCUCAUGAUCAAUGCACAAGACAUAAUAGCUCUAAGUCAACUAAACACUAUUAGCAUCCUACAGCAUUUUUUGCUUAAAUUGUUUCAUUUAUUUACCCAGUAGUUAACAAGGGAUUUUUCAAUUCAUGCCAUUUACUUAUUAAUGGUACUGUAACUUUUUAGUGGGUAGGGAGGUUCAAUGUAAAAGGAAAUGGUGGGAUGAGACCAGCUGGAAGAAUUUAAUGACAUUUCAAUAUUUCAAAAAGGUAGAAGCAUUUCCAAACUUGAAUACAUCUGUUCUAUCCUUAGAAUUAUGUUCACCAACCAAGUGUCAAGCACAAAAGCAAAAUCAAAAAGUGGAAUUUAAUACAAUUAAAAUAGAGGAACUGUAUUUUCAAGAGGUUUAAAAACAAAGAGACAAUUGUAAUGCUGUAAUCGAUGCUGUGUCCACUGCCUUGGGUGUAAACUUCACCAGUAACUAUUUUGUUUUUGAUCAGGCAAACCACUUGAGGAGGCUAUAACACUGUUUAAACAACAGCUCAACAGAAUUGCCCAUUACUCCAGCGAAAACAACCUCAAGUCUAUGAUAGAUUUUGUUUUCAUGACAUUAUUUCAACACUACAAGCUGUAUCAAUUUGUUCUGACACAAGAAAGAGCUGAUGACAUCACCAAGUGUGAGCUGGAUAUUGAGCCUCCCUUGGUUCCAGAACCUCUGAGGGAUGGUGUACUUAAGAGUGUUUGGGAUGAAGAACAGCGAAUAAAAAAAAUUGAAGAGAUGGAGCAAAAACGCAUCCAGGUAUGUGACUGUGUAUGCAACCAUUGACCUAGUAGCAAGUUAACUUGAGAAGUAAUGUCUACUCUAAGAAGUUGUACUGCCUGAUUCACCUCAAAGCCUUUCUUACUUGAAUCAGUCUAAUUUAAUGUUUAUUAUGCUCUUUCUUGAGAAAGACACAUUUUAUUGGAAUAAAAGUGUAACAAUGCAACAUAUGUACAAGAGCAAGCAAGGUUUUUUUAUGGUUGACUGGAACCAAUGGAUAAAUGUUGCCUGCCCUAACUUAAAAGUGGUUCAGAAGUACUGGUUAUUAAAGAAUAUGCAUUUCCCUCUUAUGAUUUUAUGAAAUGUUCCUCUUUAUUGGAGUAAUCAAUGCUACAAAAGAAUACAUAGUUAAGCCCGCAUAUUUCAUUAUGAAACUGGGGAUCAAUAUACAGUUGAACCUGUAUAAAAUGGUCAGUUGUUAAUUUUUCUCCAUUUAAUUACUCUUAACAGUAAUUUUCACCUCUAUUAAGCAGUCAUGGUCAUUCUUGACUGAGUGUCAGCAUCUGGCCUUUAUUGUCUUCUGCUUACAUGCAUUGAACAGUCACUGAAGCAGAACCUCUCGAAUAAAACUAGGAAUAGUACUUUGAGUUCAAAUGCGCUCAACAUAUUGCAAAUUAUCUAAUUUUUCUGAGAACUGUUGGAACAAAUAUUGUGCACAAACAUUAUGCCUAUAGAUACGACCUAGAGGCCCAACUGAUAGAUAGAAGUAUAUAGUAAUUUAGCUUUAGUGUUCUUUUUUUUAUGCUAUGUCACCAUUUUGUUGGUUCUGUUUACUGGUAUUAACAAGAAGUCAAUGCAUUUUCAAUUAUGGCAUUAAAUAGUGGUUAUUACUGCAUUUGACUCCUACUCUCUGCAAACUGUUUAAACGGUCUACUUGCCAUUCCCUGUGGUGACUACUUAAUACAGGUUUGACUGUAUUUGUAUGUAGCUUUUUCUUCAUCAAUCACUGUUACUCAACACUGAUACUGUUCUCUUGUCUUUUAAGGAAAGAACAACAUAUCAUGAAAAUGAAAUCCAACAAGCUGUUCAGCAACUGGAGCAGCAGUUUUUGGAGUUGGACUCAACACCAGAAAACUUAUCAGCAGAAAAUUUAGCCACAAUUGUGGCUAAUGUUACUGCUAAAAAGGCUGCUGUGACAAGUGCCACUCUCAGUUAUAAAAUGGAAGAAAUGCAUGAUUCUUUAAAAUUCAAGUACAAACGGGCCACUGUUAGUCAAGAGAAUGAUAAGGGAGGUAAAAAAUCUGCAGCUUCCAGUCGUCGUUCCAAAGGAAAUUCUGGAAAGUAGUGAUCUUGUUGUGCAAGUAUACUUUCCAGUUGUAAAUGUACUUUGAUAUAAUUUUUUGACUUUCAGACAAGUUAUUUUAGAGAUAAAUUUCUUAUUGUUAUUUAUCACUGUAUUGACAGUGUGAGCUAAUUAUGUGCAGCUUUACGAACUCAAGAGUCUAUUUUUCUUUUUUUUGAAACUUACGACUGCUAAUACUUUAAAUUUGUGGUUAACCUGUAUAAAAACAUCCACUGAAUUUUUGUUUCCUUUUGCUUAAUAUUGAUUUGCUAGGUUGUUGAAAGUGUGUGUUUGCAAAGGCUUAGAAAGCUGGCAGAAGCCCUGCUCUGCAUAGCUGUCUCUGUUCAUGUCUCUCCUUACUGUCUGCCAUACAAUACUUAUGAUGUUAGCUCAAAGAAUUUGGUAUUGGAUCAACUAAUAUUACCCUAAUGGAUAUUUUCUUUAUUCUCAUAACUUAUCUGCUUGAUAUUGUAUUGUCAUUGUAAUGAGAAAUUCUGUCUUUGUCAGUUAUGAUAAUUAAAGGGCUUUAAAAGAGAUCAAAAGAUAUGUUCAAUAAAAGUGUUUGGAU